ACUACGCAAACACACCAGUUAACUCCUCAAUAAAAACAUGCUGAGCCUCUGACUUGGUUUUUACAUUUUCUUUUUACAACAAAAGCGUUUUCUUUUUUUAAACAUUAUAAGGUUAUAAGGAGGUGAGGAUCCACACGCCACUGCUUGGAGUUACUGCUGAGUUACUUCACCUUGUUGACAGUCUUUGUUUACAGUAACUGAGAAACGGGUUAACGUUGUUGAGGCUUGGAGUUACAUGGUAUUGUUCUUUCAGUGGGGACUUCCUCAAGGGAUAAAGCAGCCAGCAGACACCGGCAUAUGGAAUUCCAUGGAUGUGUAGGCUAAAGGAAGAGCUCUGUGAUGUCGUUCUUUGGUUUGGACUGCCGAAAGAAGAAAGAAAAAGAGGAAGAGAGGCACCUACGAGCAAAUGAUAGAGAAUUCAAUCUAACAUUCCAGUAUGCGACGAAUGCCAUUAAAACCUCGAAAUACAAUUUGUUUACAUUCCUGCCAAUGAACCUUUUCGAGCAGUUCCAAAGGAUUGCCAAUGCCUACUUCCUCUUUCUGUUGAUUUUGCAGCUGAUCCCAGAAAUCUCCUCACUGUCAUGGUUCACUACAGUUGUGCCCCUGAUGCUAGUAUUGACUGCGACAGCUGCCAAAGAUGCCAUCGAGGAUUUUAAUCGACACAAAAGUGACAGCCAGGUCAACAACCGGCAGGUUAAGGUCCUCAUGGAUGGACAGCUGAAAAGUGAAAAAUGGAGGAACGUUCAAGUGGGUGAUAUAAUCAAAUUGGAAAAUAACCAGUUUGUUACAGCAGAUUUGCUAUUGCUAUCUAGUAGUGAACCACUAAGCUUGGUGUACAUAGAGACUGCUGAGUUGGAUGGAGAAACUAACCUGAAGGUGAAGCAGAGCCUGACAGUUUCAGGAGAUAUGGGAGAUGACAUUGAGACACUUGCUGCUUUUAAUGGUGAGGUCAGAUGCGAGCCUCCCAACAACCGCCUGGAUAAGUUUACAGGGACUUUGAUGUUCAAGGAGCAGAAGUAUUCACUGGACAACGACAAAAUCCUGUUGAGGGGCUGCACUCUGAGGAACACAGAGUGGUGCUUCGGGCUAGUCAUCUUCGCAGGUCCGGAGACUAAAUUAAUGCAGAACUGUGGCAAAACGACCUUCAAACGGACCAGCAUUGAUCGACUAAUGAAUGUUCUUGUGUUGUGGAUUUUUGGGUUUCUGGCUCUCAUGUGUAUUAUUCUGGCCAUCGGCAAUGGGAUUUGGGAGUAUCAGAAAGGAUUUUAUUUCCAAGUGUUCCUGCCCUGGCCAGAGAGUGUCCCGAACUCUGCUUUCUCUGCGUUCCUCACCUUCUGGUCCUACGUCAUCAUCCUCAACACAGUGGUGCCCAUAUCACUUUAUGUCAGCGUGGAGAUUAUCCGGUUAGGGAACAGCUUCUACAUCGACUGGGACAGGAAGAUGUACUACCCGCGCAGUGACACGCCCGCUGAGGCGCGCACUACCACCCUUAACGAGGAGCUUGGACAGAUCAAGUACAUCUUCUCAGACAAGACCGGCACCCUCACACAGAACAUCAUGACCUUCAACAUGUGCUCCAUCAACGGGAAGUCCUACGGUGAGGUGUUGGAUUUUGCUGGGCAAAGAAUGGAAAUCACCGAGAGGACUCCCAAGGUAGAUUUCUCCUUCAACCGGCUGGCAGACCCCAAGUUUGUGUUCCAUGACCACAGCCUGGUGGAGGCAGUGAAGCUGGAAAUCCUGGAGGUGCACGCAUUCUUCCGGCUGCUCUCUCUCUGCCACACCGUCAUGCCUGAGGAGAAGGAGGAAGGUGAGCUGCUGUACCAGGCUCAGUCUCCAGACGAGGGCGCUCUCGUCACAGCUGCCCGUAACUUCGGCUUUGUGUUCCGCUCGCGCACCCCGGAGUCCAUCACCGUGGUGGAGAUGGGAGAGACGAAGACCUACGAGCUGCUCGCCAUCCUCGACUUCAACAACGUCAGGAAGAGGAUGUCUGUCAUCGUGCGCUGCCCUGAAGGGAAACUGUCCCUGUACUGCAAGGGAGCCGACACCAUUAUAUAUGAGAGACUUCAUCCUGCCUGCAAAACGCUAAAGGACGUCACCACUGAGCACCUUGACGAGUUUGCUGGGGAAGGCCUGCGCACUCUGGUCCUGGCCUAUAAGGACUUGGAGGAAGGGUAUUUUGAGGACUGGAGGGCCCGUCACCACGCAGCCAGCACAGCACUGGAGGAAAGGGAAGAGAAACUGGAUGAGCUCUACGAGGAGAUCGAGAAGAACCUACAGUUACUAGGUGCCACAGCAAUAGAAGACAAGCUGCAGGAUGGAGUGCCUCAGACGAUUGAACAGCUGGCUAAAGCUGACAUUAAGAUGUGGGUGCUCACAGGAGAUAAACAAGAGACUGCUGUGAACAUCGGCUAUGCGUGCAACAUGCUGCGAGAGGAGAUGAACGAGGUGUUUAUCAUCUCCGCAAACACAGCUGAGGACGUGAGAGAGGAACUGAGAAAUGCACGGAAUAAAAUCAAACCAGAAACCAUUGAAGCUGAGCCGAUCUUUGAAGUGAAGCAGCCCAAAAAUAAGUCAGCGGUGCUGCCUGAAGACACUGUGGAAGGGGAAUAUGGCCUUGUCAUCAACGGACAUAGCUUGGCAUACGGUCUAGAGAAGAGCAUGGAGGUGGAGUUCCUCAGGACCGCCUGCAUGUGUAAAACUGUCAUCUGCUGCCGAGUGACACCACUGCAGAAAGCCCAGGUGGUGCAGCUGGUCAAGAAGUACAAGAAAGCCAUCACUCUGGCCAUCGGGGACGGAGCCAACGACGUCAGCAUGAUCAAAGCUGCCCACAUUGGGGUGGGAAUCAGUGGACAGGAGGGGAUGCAGGCUGUCCUCUCCAGCGAUUUCUCCUUUGCCCAGUUCCGGUACCUGCAGCGCCUCCUGCUGGUCCAUGGCAGGUGGUCCUACAUCCGCAUGUGCAAGUUCCUCAACUACUUUUUCUACAAGAACUUCACCUUCACCCUGGUGCAUUUCUGGUAUGGCUUCUUCUGUGGAUUCUCUGCACAGACUGUGUAUGACGAAUGGUAUAUCACCCUCUACAACCUGGUUUAUACCUCACUGCCUGUGCUGGGGAUGAGCCUUUUUGAUCAGGAUGUGAGUGACCGCUGGAGUUUGGAGUACCCGAAGCUUUAUCAGCCUGGACAGCUCAACAUGUACUUCAACAUAGGUUCCUUCAUCAAGUGUCUGCUCCACAGCAUCUACAGCUCGCUUAUCCUCUUCUUUAUCCCCUACGGAGCCAUGUAUGACACAAUGCGGGAUGAUGGCAAAGACCUUGCUGACUACCAGUCCUUUGCCCUGCUUGCACAGACCUGCCUGCUGAUCGCUGUCUCCAUCCAGCUUGGGCUAGAUACUGCCUACUGGACAUCAGUUAAUCAGUUAUUUAUGUGGGGCAGCCUGGCCAUCUACUUCGCCAUUACUCUCACCAUGUACAGCAAUGGGAUGUAUCUCAUCUUCACAGCUUCCUUCCCCUUCAUUGGCACUGCAAGGAAUUCCCUGAACCAGCCCAAUGUCUGGCUGACCAUCCUUCUCACCACCAUCCUCUGUGUGCUGCCCGUGGUAGCCUACAGGUUCAGCCGGACAGAGCUUCGACCCACCAUCAACGACAAGGUGCGAUAUAAGGUCAGCCAAUCCAAGCACGCUCCUCCCCCGCAGGCCACCAGGACCCGGAUCAGACGGACUAGCUCUCGGCGCUCUGGCUACGCCUUCUCUCACGCACAGGGCUACGGUGACCUCAUCACCUCGAGUAGAUACCUACGCAAGAACAUGGCAACCUUCAGCCCCAGAUCCAAGACAAACGCCAAGCAGCCAGGAACAGUCCUAAAAACCUACAGGGCAGUCAAGGAUACCGUCGUUGACAAAACACUCUAAGCAUGCUGCCUUCAGCAUUUGGACAAGCCUGUUUACAUUGGGCAUGGGAGGCCUUUGGGGAGCAGGGGGACUUUGGGGAGCAGGGGGGCUUUGUUGCUACUAUACACCUACAUUCCAGCCAGCUGUAUAGCUUGUAUCUUUGUACAAUUUUAAAAGCAGCUCAGAUUGCUCUGCCUGUUUGGUGGCUUUUGAUGUUACCAUGCAGCAAUCCUUGAUGACAGCUUUUGAGCCAAGUCUGCAGUACAAAUUCACCAAUUGUUUUCAGCUUGUGAGAGCUGAGAGCUUUAUUGAGCAGACUACAAUACGUCUAAUCUGAACUCAUGCAAACGUUUGGCCAGACUUUCAGAUUGACGUGUAAAUGUUGUGUAACCUAAUUUUAUGGUCCAUAAAAUGUUGUGAACAGUUUUUAAAGCUUUUUACCCCAAAGAUUAAUUUGCACUGAUAAUUACAACAACAUAAUUAAACCGCUUUAAAUGGAAUGUACAAGUCAUUAAGUAUUUGUAUUUGUUUCUGUUAAUUUCAGUUUGCUAAUAAUACAUUGUACUUUUUGGGAAAAACAAUAUAGAGAAUUACACAAAGCACCUUGGUCUUAUUAGCAGAAAGGCUGAUUACUUAAAUACUGUAUCACUAACUUUUUUUUAGAAACUUGAUUGUGUGCCUCUCAGUCUAGCAUCAUCACAUACUACACUGAAUUGUAUUUACCCUCAUACGUAAAACCUUAACAUUUCUUUUGUAUUCUGAUAGCUGUCAGAGAAGGAUUUACAGGUAAUAUAAAAGGGUAACUGUCUGGCUGAACUUCUGUGUGCUUCUUGUAAACAACUGCGAAAACUAUUUGCAAUUCAACGCUUUAGCCUGGAAUACACUGACCCAGAAUAACCAAAGGAUUGUAUAUUGAUAUGUGUUUCCAUUUAACCAAAGGCCACAGCCUUAAGUACAUAAAAACGCUGAAAAGAAACAUCACGUUUAAAGUGGAGAUUCUCUUUGGGAAAUUUGAUUUUAAAACAAUGUAAUUUAUUAUUUUUUUUAGAUAAAAGAACGUGCAAAAGGAUAUCUGCUUUCAGUUAUUAUUUUGGCUAUUUGUCUGGAGGAGUUUCUGAAAAAAGAUGACAUUUUAAUUGUGGGUGUUGUCAAAUAUCAACAUUAUGUAUUGGUUGUCAAAUAUUAUAAAAUACAACUACAAAUGUCCAAGGAAUACUCAAGUGAAACUUUUUUUUGUAUCUUUACCAAUAUUGUUCCGUAAAUGUGCUAGUAAUGUCACAGUGAAUGGUGACAGCAGUCAUUGUUUGUUUGUUUUUUCAUAUUAAUAAACAAUGGCUAUUUAGAUGUCCAUCGAAACCCCCCAAGUAAUCUGUUUAAUUAAAUGACUGUAUACUGUUUUAUAAAACAAGCAGCCAAAAUAAAUGUUUGAUAUUUUUUUAUGCAA